UCUAGAUUGCAAAGGUUUAAACAAUAUGUUGAAAGUCAAAAUAUAGAAAGCAAAAGUUUGUUGUGCCUUGAUGUUAGUACUCGUUGGAAUUCAACAUAUUUGAUGCUAAAUUGUGCUCAAAAAUUUGAAAAUGCUUUCUAUAUGUUUGAUUUACAAGAUGAGAAUGUUAAAGAUGAUCUUGAAUCGGGGGAUGGUAUUCCUAUUGAAAGUGAUUGGAAAGUUGUUAGGGAGUUGGUAAAAUUCUUGGAGCACUUUUAUGAGCUUACAAAUAGAGUUUCCGGGACUUCUUAUGUUACUUCAAAUUGUUUGUUUGAUGAGAUUUGUGAAAUUGAUUGUCUUUUGAGAGAGUGCAAAGCUUCGGAUGAGAAUGAAUUUAGUUUGAUGGCAAUGAAGAUGAAAGAUAAAUUUCACAAAUAUUGGGGGAGCAUUGACAAGUUGAAUAUGCUAAUUUUUGUUGCCAUUAUUCUUGAUCCUAGACACAAGUUUUGCUUUGUUGAAUUUGCUUUGAAAGAUAUGUUUGAGGGUACAAAAGGUACGGAUAUGGCAACCAAGGUUAAAGAUGCAGUGUAUGAAUUGUUUAAUGCUUAUAAGCCUUCAAGUAGCAUUGUGUCAUCUAGCUCCACUCCAACAUCAAGUUCAAAUAUAGGAGAAUGUCAAGCUAGGAUGAAAAAGCGUAUGCAAGAGAAGUUUGUAAAGCACAAACUUCAAUCAGGUAGUGGUGGGGAUCAAAUGUCGGAAUUGGAUAAGUAUCUCAGUGAAGCUAUGGAGCCAGUGACGGAUGAUUUUAAUAUUUUGUUGUGGCGGAAAGUUAAUAGCCCUAGAUUUCCUUAUUUGUCAUUGUUGGCUUGAGAUGUGCUAGCUAUUCCAAUAUCCACUGUUGCUUCUGAGUCUACCUUUAGUACCGGAGGACGUGUUCUUGAUUCCUUUAGGAGUCCUUUAACUCCUAGAAUGGCUCAAGCUCUUGUGUGCUAUCAAGAUUGGAUAAAAAAUUCAACACCUUCAUUGGAUGUUUUUGAAGAGCUUCAAGAAUUAAAUGACUUUGAAAGUGUUAAAAAUGAUUCUUCAUGGAAUGCAUUGGAACCUACCUUGUGAAUUGUGAGUAAGGUGUUUGUUCUUGGA